AUGACUUGGAAUCUGAGAAAAGAGACAACGAUGAAGAUUUGCCUUCUUGGAAUUAUCUGCUGCCUGCCUUUUUUGCUCACUAUUUCUGGCAAAUCAAGAUGUUUUGACGCUCGAUACUUCAAGAAAGCAGUCUUUUAUGAAGCAGCAACUUACGAUGAAGUGGCCGAGAAAGUGGAAAAUCUACACUCUUCUGCGAAUGAGCUUACAAGUCGAAUAGACCAGAUGAGCAACGAUACCGAUUGGAAGCUUAUUCCGAAUACCAAAAUCUUUGGUCGUACAAUUGACCGCGUAAAAAGUCUCGAGGAAGCAAAAGAACAGUGCAAAAUAACCGAUGAAUGCAUCGGAAUAACGCGAGAAAAUGGAGGAUUUGAGCUUCGAGUCGGUCCCAAAACAGGCGCAAGUACAAGUGACCAGCAUUCCUGGAUGAUGAGCUUGGAAGAAUGCGAUGAUCCGUUGAAAGAAGAGUUCAUGAUUAACAUCGACCUUCUGGAACGAAAUUAUAAAGAAUUGAGAGGACAGCGGUUUCGCCGACCGGAUGGAAGAUGCAUUUACAAUGCUCAAUUUUCGCACAUCAACAAGCUACUGGAAUUCAACCCUUCGCUCAAUUUUUCGACGCUACACUCUCCAUCAACUUGCAACUUCGACAAUUCCAGCGAAUCAGGAGAAACCAUUCUUUUUGGAAUCAAGUCAAUGCCUGGCGCCGCCGAUUUUCGACAAUCCAUUCGCGACACUUGGCUCAAUCCUGAUCUUUGGAAGCAACUUGGAUUCCAGAUCAAAGUCGUCUUCAUCAUCGGCCUGAAAGGUGACGAAGAUCUGGAGGAAGAGAUGAAAGAACAUGACGACUUGCUGGUCGCUGACUUUGUGGAGAAUCAAUUUGUCAUGCCCUACAAAUUCAAGGCAUUCUGGGCUUUUAUGGAGGAAAAAUGCUCUAAUGCUGAUUUCAUCUUCCAGGGUGAUGACGAUACCCUAGUAGUGCCCCAAAAUCUCAUCAACGAAAUCUCCAAAAUCAAAUUCUCUCCUUCAAUCGAGGCAGUCGGCUGCAAACACGGAGAGGGUGCACCAGCCGUCAGAAAUCCAAAGGACAAAUACUUCAUUCCAGAUCAAAUCUACCCAAAGUCGACUUAUCCGCGCUACAUGUCGGGAGGCGGAUUUUUGACUACUGGUGAAUUCACGAGAGCCCUGGCGAAAGUGGCGAGGGAAGAAGAAAAAGUGAUGCCAUUUGAUGAUACUUUUACUGGGACGCUGAUUGAGAAGAUCGGCAAAACUGAGAACAUGGUUCGAUCGGAAACAAUUUGCAUGGGACUUCAGGAGCAGUUCUCCGUCCACGACACCUGCGCGACCCGGGGCCUGACCAUCACCCACAAAGUCAUUGACAGUGAUUUCAUGCGAUCUGCUUUUGCUGAGCUCAACUCCGAAAAGUUCAAAUGUGAUGCUCUAAAGAUGAAAGCGACUCAAGGAAGACUACGAAGAAAACGAAUCGAGGAGAGAACUGCUUGGGAAGAAAAUUUCAUGAAAUUCAAGGAAGUUAACUUCACUGUGCCAAAUCGAUCAUAA